AUGGAAAAGCCCGGCGUUCAGCAUGUUGAGAAUGAUGAUGGUGAUGAGAACCUCGCCGUCAAAAGAAGGGAUGACCAUGAUUUAGAGGCGUUCAAUGGGUCUCAUGGUAAAGAUAUUGAAGAAAAGGACUCAGAUACUCUGACGGAAGAUCAUCGUCAAUAUCUGAUUCAGAAAUAUGGAACAGUAGAACUGGAUCCUAUCCCGGACAUGACUGACGCUGAUCCCUAUAAUUGGCCGACAUGGAAGAAAGUCAUCAACUUAGCUCUAGUUGCGUUCCACGCUAUGAUGGCAACUUUUUCGGCGUCUUCAAUCCAAUCCGCCUUCGUUGAGAUAGCAGAGGACCUUGGUGUCAGCGUACAAAGAGCAAGCUACUUAACUUCCCUAGUCAUUGCCAUUCUCGGGGGUGCGCCUCUUUUCUGGAUGCCAUUGUCCAACCGCUAUGGUCGACGUCCUAUAUUCCUGCUUUCGCUGCUAUGCAGUCUGGUUGCUAAUGUGGGCUGCGCCAAAAGUCCGUCAUAUGCGACUAUGGGAUUUUGCCGGGCCCUUGUUGCCUUUUUUAUAAGCCCUGCCGCUGCUAUUGGUAGUGCUGUCGUCGCCGAGACUUUUUUCAAGAAAGACCGCGCAAGAUGUAUGGGCGUGUGGGCCGUCAUGGUAACUUUGGGUGUGCCGCUUGCACCUCUGCUUUUUGGGUUCGUUACUAGUCGUGUGGGAUACCGGUGGAUCUACUGGAUAUUGGCUAUCACCAACGGCGUUCAGUUCAUCACAUACCUGAUCUUCGGCCAAGAAACUCUCUACAUCCGUGGUAGCCCUGCUAGUCACGUCAGUAACCCAACCCUUCGCCAACGAUUCCUUGAUGUGAAGCGUAUUGAUCCAACGCCCUUGGAAAUAUGGGACUUUUUACGCCCCAUCAGCAUGGCAACACGGCCCUGUGUUAUGAUUCCGGCCGCCGCUUAUGCGAUGGUAUUCCUCCUCGGUGGUAUUCUCCCAUCAAUUGAGAUGCCGCAACUCUUCCCCGAGAUGUUUGGACUUGACUCGGAGCAGGUGGGUCUGCAGUUUAUCGCGAUGAUCAUCGGCUCUCUGCUCGGCGAUCAGGUUGGGGGCUUCUUAUCCGACCGUUGGAUGCUGUACGGGCGGAAGAAAACGCAGCGGACCAUUGCACCGGAAUUCAGACUCUGGAUAAGCUAUCCGGGUAUUGCCCUGACGAUAGUUGGCAUCGUUAUCUUCCUUGUCCAGCUAGAUCAUGCUUCGUCGCAGUGGAAUAUCACUCCGUUGGUUGGGGUCACCAUUGGGUCUAUUGGAAACCAAAUCGUCACUACCGUCAGCUUCACGUAUGCCGUGGAUUGUUAUCGAUCAGAAGCAGCAAGCGUUGGUGUUUUUAUCACGUUGGUGCGACAGACGUGGGGAUUCAUAGGACCCUUCUGGUUUCCGCAAAUGUUGGAGAAUGUUGGGUAUCUAGGGAGUACGGGGAUUGCAAUUGCCUUGAUCGUAGCUGUUAGUGCCAUUCCAAUGGCUCUGUUGCAUUGGAAGGGGAAGGCUUGGAGGUAG